GAGCUCCGCAGUUCGAACGCAGCCCGGAGGUCGGGUCUCGGGCGCGUUCCUGCUGUGCCCCUCCCGAGCCCUGACGGAGGCUGUGACAAGCCCCGCGGGAUCUGACGGUGCCGAGACGUGCUGAGCGAGGAGGCGUGGCGCGGACCGCGCUGGGCUCGGGUUCGGGCUGCCGGGCCUCCUCCCGCCCGGUGGACGGCUCAGACCAUGUCACCCGAAGAAUGGACCUACCUAGUGGUUCUCCUUAUCUCCAUCCCCAUCGGCUUCCUCUUUAAGAAGGCUGGACCUGGGCUGAAGAGAUGGGGGGCAGCAGCAGUGGGCCUGGGGUUCACCUUGUUCACCUGUGGCCCCCACACUUUACACUCCCUGGUCACAGUUCUGGGGACCUGGGCCCUCAUUCAGGCUCAGCCCUGCUGGUGAGCCUGGCCAGUGAAGUCCAGGACCUGCACCUGGCCCAGAGGAAGGAAAUGGCCUCCGGCUUCAGCAAGGAGCCCCCUGUGGGGCUGCUGCCCGAAGUCCCCUCCUUGAUGGAGACGCUCAGCUAUAGCUACUGUUACGUGGGGAUCAUGACAGGCCCCUUCUUCCGCUACCGCACGUACCUGGACUGGCUGGAGCAGCCCUUCCCCGAGGCGGUGCCCAGCCUGCGGCCCCUACUGCGCCGCGCCUGGCCGGCUCCACUCUUCGGCCUGCUCUUCCUGCUCUCCUCCCACCUCUUCCCACUGGAGGCCGUGCGUGAGGAUGCCUUCUACGCCCGCCCGCUGCCCGCCCGCCUCUUCUACAUGAUCCCUGUCUUCUUCGCCUUCCGCAUGCGCUUCUACGUGGCGUGGAUCGCGGCCGAGUGUGGCUGCAUUGCUGCUGGCUUCGGGGCCUAUCCCGUGGCCGCCAAAGCCCGGGCCGGGGGCGGCCCCACCCUCCAAUGCCCACCCCCCAGCAGUCCGGAGGAGGCCACUUCCCUGGAGUAUGACUAUGAGACCAUCCGCAACAUCGACUGCUAUAACACCGACUUCUGCGUGCGGGUGCGGGAUGGCAUGCGGUACUGGAACAUGACGGUGCAAUGGUGGCUGGCUCAGUACAUCUACAAGAGCGCACCUGCUCGCUCUUACGUCCUGAGGAGUGCCUGGACCAUGCUGCUGAGCGCCUACUGGCAUGGCCUGCACCCCGGCUACUACCUGAGCUUCCUGACCAUCCCGCUGUGCCUGGCAGCCGAGGGCUCUCUGGAGUCGGCUGUGCGCCCGCGGCUGGGCCCCAGUGGCCAGCAGGCUUGGGACUGGGUGCACUGGCUCCUGAAGAUGCGAGCCUACGACUACAUGUGCAUGGGCUUUGUGCUGCUGUCCAUGGCCGACACGCUCCGGUACUGGGCCUCUGUCUACUUCUGCAUCCACGUCCUAGCCCUGGCUGGGCUGGGGCUGGGCCUGGCGCUGGGCGGGGGUGGUCCCCGCCGGAGGAAGGUGGCCACGCCGGCCCAGGCCUCCCCGCCAGCCCAGGAGAAGCUUCGGGAAGAGUGAGCUGCAGGAUGUCCACGAACCAGGCCACUGUCUCUUCUCAGCAAGGGGCUUCCCUGGGGUGGGGGGGCAAAGAGCGCCCCCCCAUCUCCUUCAGCUAACUACCCUGCGUGAGGCACAGCUGGGGUGCCCCUUACCAGGGAGGCCCUGCGCCCAGCAGCGGGGUGGGUAUUGCCCACCUUGGCCUCCCAGCUGCUCCACCUGGGGGUAAAUAGAGGGUUACACGUGUGUUGUUUUCCCCCCUCCCCCCCCAGUGCUGAAGAGGGGACUGUGGAGAUGUCUUAAAUCCUUGUUGCACACACACAUACCAAUGGUGACUGGAGCAUCAAGGCCAGGUUCUGGGACGGAGAGAACCUCUUGUGUCUUGAUCCAGCAAGGGGAAACUGGGCUGGGGACAGGAGGCAUGGGGGACGGGGUGCUCCUGCAGGGUCACCUCCAGCCCCCCCCAUUCCUGUGGUCCUGGGCCUGACACAGUUCGGAACUGUAAAUCUUUUCCCAAUAAAGUGUUGCACAGG